UUUCACAUUUUCGCCAUCAUGUCGUCGACCAGCAGCACGCCGAGCACCGCAGCUCCUUCCAGCGCCGCCGCCUUGCGCAACCGUCGCCCAGCCGCCAAGUCGUCGGCCAACACGGGCCGUGGCAUGGGUGGUAGCUCCGCUGGUAUCCUCCGCUUCUACACGGACGAUGCCCCUGGCAUUAAGAUGGGCCCCACCACUGUGCUCGUGCUCUGCUUGAUGUUCGUCGGCUUCGUCGUCUUGCUCCACGUGUGGGGCAAGUUCCGCAGCUAAAUGCGACACCUCCACCGUGUUGGUGUAGUAGACCUUUAUAGCUCGAAUACGAUUGUACCUCUAUUUGUC